CGGCGCUCGCGGAUGACGCAAAGCGCGCCAAGCUUCGUGGAGCUGUGGCGCCGCCCGGACGGCUUCCCGAACUUAAUUGGUCCCUGGAAGGUCACCUGCAGAAAUGGCCCCCGUCCUUCACUUCUACGUCCGCCCCUUUGGCCACAAGGGUGCAGCCUCUGAGCGUGUUCUUCGGAAGCUGCGAGAGAAACUGCCACAGCUUCUGGGUGUGGAGACGGAGCUGUGCUACAACGUGCACUGGGCAGCCAAGACCCCGCCAGGGGCUGAGGACAUGAAGAAGUUGAUGUGGCUGUUUGGCUGCCCUCUGUUGGUGAAUGAUGUGGCUCAGGAGUCCUGGCUCGUUCCUGGCUCCAAUGACUUGUUGCUGGAGGUGGGACCCAGGCUGAACUUCUCCACUCCAGUCUCCACCAACAUUGUUUCUGUGUGCCAGGCUGCUGGGCUGAGAGCCGUGGAUCGGGUAGAGAGCACCCGGCGCUACCGGCUUUCGUUUGCCAACCACCCCACAGCUGAAAUGGAAGCCAUUUCUCUGGCUGCCUUGCAUGACCGGAUGACAGAGCAGCACUACCCCGAGCCCAUCCAGAGCUUCUCCCCUCAAAGCGUCCCAGCCCCGCUCAAUGGCUCCAUCAACAUCCUAGCAGAGGGUCGAUCUGCCCUGGAGAAGGCCAACCAGGAGCUAGGUUUGGCUCUUGACUCCUGGGACCUGGAUUUCUACACCAAGCGCUUCCAACAACUACAGCGGAACCCCAGUACAGUGGAGGCCUUUGACCUGGCUCAGUCCAAUAGUGAGCACAGCCGACACUGGUUCUUCAAGGGCCAGCUCCAUGUGGAUGGAAAGAAGCUUGCACAUUCCUUGUUUGAAUCCAUCAUGAGCACUCAGGCAUCCUCAAACCCUAACAAUGUCCUCAAGUUCUGUGACAACAGCAGUGCAAUCCAGGGGAAGGAAGUCCGGUUCCUCCAGCCAGAGGACCCUACCCGACCAAGCUGCUUCCGGCAACAGCAGGGACUUAGACACGUUGUCUUCACGGCGGAGACACAUAACUUCCCCACGGGAGUGGCCCCCUUCAGCGGGGCAACCACAGGCACAGGCGGCCGCAUCCGAGAUGUCCAGUGCACGGGCCGCGGAGCCCAUGUGGUGGCCGGCACUGCUGGCUAUUGCUUUGGCAGCCUGCACAUCCCAGGUUAUUCUCUGCCCUGGGAGGAUCCAAGCUUCCAGUACCCUGCAAACUUUGCAAGGCCUUUGGAAGUCGCUAUUGAGGCCAGUAAUGGAGCAUCUGACUAUGGCAACAAGUUUGGAGAGCCAGUACUGGCCGGCUUUGCCCGAUCUCUGGGUCUGCAGCUUCCAGGCGGCCAGCGGCGCGAGUGGAUCAAGCCCAUCAUGUUCAGUGGGGGCAUUGGGUCCAUGGAAGACAGGCAUGUGGGCAAAGGGCGCCCAGAGCCGGGCAUGGAGGUUGUAAAGGUUGGGGGUCCUGUCUACAGGAUUGGAGUUGGGGGUGGAGCUGCUUCGUCUGUGCAGGUUCAGGGAGACAACACCAGCGACCUGGACUUUGGAGCCGUGCAACGUGGAGACCCAGAAAUGGAGCAGAAGAUGAACCGUGUGAUCCGAGCUUGUGUGGAAGCCCCAGGAGGAAACCCCAUCUGCAGCCUCCACGACCAGGGUGCUGGUGGCAAUGGCAAUGUCCUAAAGGAGCUGAGUGAGCCAGCAGGAGCCAUCAUUUAUACCAGCCGCUUCCAGCUGGGGGACCCAACCUUGAAUGCGCUGGAAAUCUGGGGGGCUGAGUACCAGGAGUCAAAUGCACUUCUGCUGAGACCCUCUGACCGGGAAUUCCUGAGCCGUGUCAGUGCCCGCGAACGCUGCCCAGUUUGUUUUGUAGGCACAAUCACUGGAGAUAAGAGAAUUAUGCUAGUGGAUGAUCGUGAGUGCCCGGUGGGAAAAAGUGGCCAGGGAGAUGCCCCCCUGACACCUCCUCCAACCCCUGUGGACCUGGACCUUGACUGGGUUCUGGGAAAGAUGCCUCAAAAGGAGUUCUUCCUCCAGAGGAAACCCCCUGUGCUGCAGCCUUUGGCCUUGCCCCCAGAGCUGAGCGUGCGCCAGGCUCUGGACCGGGUUCUGAGGCUGCCGGCUGUGGCCAGCAAGCGCUACCUCACCAACAAGGUGGAUCGCUCUGUGGGUGGCCUCGUGGCCCAACAGCAGUGUGUCGGGCCGCUGCAGACCCCUCUGGCUGAUGUGGCUGUUGUGGCACUGAGCCAUCAGGAGCUCGUAGGGGCCGCCACAGCCCUGGGAGAACAGCCAGUCAAGAGCCUGCUGGACCCCAAGGUUGCUGCCAGGCUAGCUGUGUCUGAAGCCCUCACCAACCUGGUGUUCGCUCUGGUCACUGACCUCCGAGAUGUAAAGUGUAGUGGGAACUGGAUGUGGGCAGCCAAGCUCCCAGGUGAGGGUGCAGCACUGGCCGAUGCCUGUGAGGCUAUGGUGACAGUGAUGGCAGCACUCGGCGUGGCCGUAGACGGUGGCAAGGAUUCCCUCAGCAUGGCUGCCCGGGUUGGCACUGAGACCGUGCAGGCUCCUGGGUCACUGGUCAUUUCAGCGUAUGCUGUCUGUCCAGACAUCACAGCCACUGUGACCCCAGACCUCAAGCGCCCCGGAGGGAGAGGUCAUCUGCUCUAUGUGCCUCUGAGCCCUGGGCAGCACCGGCUGGGAGGCACAGCUCUGGCCCAGUGUUUCUCCCAGCUUGGGGAGCACCCUCCUGACCUAGAUCUUCCAGAGAACCUCGUGCGUGCCUUUCACAUCACCCAAGGGCUGCUGAAAGACCGCCGUAUUUGCUCAGGCCAUGAUGUCAGCGAUGGAGGGCUUGUCACCUGCCUGCUAGAGAUGGCCUUUGCUGGGAAUUGUGGGAUAGAGGUGGAUGUGCCUGCCCCCGGGAUCCAGGCGCUGCCGGUGCUGUUUGCCGAGGAGCCAGGCCUGGUGUUGGAGGUACAGGAGGCAGAUGUAGCCGGGGUGCUGCAGCGGUACCGCGGUGCUGGCCUACACUGUCUGGAACUGGGCCACACAGGCACGGCUGGGCCUCAGGCCACGGUCCGAGUGUCUGUGAAUGGGGCUGUAGUUCUGGAGGAGCCCGUUGGACAGUUAAGAGACCUCUGGGAGGAAACGAGUUUCCAGCUGGACCUGCUGCAGGCAGAGCCACGCUGUGUGACACAGGAGAAGCAGGGCCUGAAGGAGCGGACAGGACCCAGCUACUGCCUGCCACCCACCUUUCCGGUGGCCACUGUGCCCCGUAACCAUCCUGGCCCCAUCCCCCGAGUGGCUAUCUUGCGAGAAGAGGGCAGUAAUGGAGACCGGGAAAUGGCGGAUGCCUUUCACUUGGCUGGGUUUGAGGUGUGGGAUGUGACCAUGCAGGAUCUCUGCUCUGGGGCCAUCACGCUGGACACAUUCCGAGGUGUGGCCUUUGUCGGCGGCUUCAGCUAUGCAGACGUCCUGGGCUCUGCCAAAGGCUGGGCAGCUGCCGUGACCUUCAAUCCACAGGCCAGGCAAGAGCUGGGCCGAUUCCGUAGGCGGCCAGACACCUUCAGCCUCGGCGUGUGCAAUGGCUGUCAGCUGCUGGCUCUUCUGGGCUGGGUGGGAGGUGACCCCAGUGAAGAGCAAGAUGAGUCAGGCCACGACUGCCAACCAGUACAGCCAGGCCUCCUGCUCCGCCACAAUCUGUCUGGGCGAUACGAGUCCCGGUGGGCCACCGUGCGGGUGGAGCCCGGGCCCGCUGUGAUGCUUCGAGGGAUGGAGGGCUCGGUGCUGCCUGUGUGGAGUGCCCAUGGAGAAGGUUACAUGGCGUUUUCCUCUCCUGAACUCCAAGCAAAGGUCAAGGCCAGGGGUUUGGUUCCUCUGCACUGGGCAGACGAUGAUGGCAAUCCCACAGAGCAGUACCCCUUGAACCCCAAUGGGUCUCCAGGGGGCAUAGCUGGCGUCUGCUCCCAAGAUGGCCGCCAUCUGGCACUCAUGCCACACCCUGAGCGGGCUGUGAGGCUCUGGCAGUGGGCAUGGCGACCCUCUCCCUUCGAUGUUCUUGCCACCUCCCCCUGGCUGCAGCUGUUCAUCAAUGCUUGGAGCUGGACCCAGGAGGAGGCUGCAUGAGCACCCUGGCCCACAGCUUUCUCCGCUGCCUUCAGGAGUGUCGCCAUGUGAUUUCCAAAAGCAUCUUAGACAAGAACCAAGAUGCUGGGAAGAUCUGCUCACUUCAGCCUUGCCUUUGCAGCAGCUGCUCUCGGUUCCUGAGUUUAACACGAAUCUCCACAGGCAGCCUCAGGCUCCAAGGACAGCUGACACAGCAGGGGUGGGCGGCGUUCUGUAGUGCCCCUUCCCAGUGGUCAUCACCACCUUCUCCCCUCUCUCAUUUUGAGCUCUGAAUGAGGUUUUAUGUCCCCUUUUCUUUCUUUGGCUUUUUGAGACAGGCUUUCAAUCUGUAGCCCAGGCUGGCCCUGAACUCAAGAUUCUCUAAGCUUCAGCUGCCGGUGAGUGCAACUGUGGUUGGCACUGGUCUGGCGUACACCAGCCCCUCCCAACCUCAGUGCUCUCAUUAAAAAGAGCAGCUUUCUGGAUUCCUUUUCGGGCGUGCUCUGCUACUUGUUACAGACUUGCUUCUGGCCAUGCUGAGGGGCUGAGCUAUGCCUACCUCAGAUACGUUUCUGAUUCUCUCCUAAUUCAGCAGCCAUUGGCACCUUCCUUCCUACAGCAGACCCUUAGCUUAUUGGAAUACUACCUCUUGUCAUUCAUUCUUUUUUCUCAAGGCAGGGUUUCUCUUUGUAGCCCUGAUUGUCCUAGAACUCACUUUGUAGACCCGGCUGGCCUCGUACUCAGCAAUCUGCUUGCCUCUGCCUUCCAAGUGCUGGGAUUAAAGGUGUGUGCCACCACUGCCCAGCCACUCAUUCAUUCUUGUUCCUUGAUCAGUGAUGGUGCCAACUACUGGCAGUGCCCCAGUGGAGAUUGUACACUUAACUGCAUUGGGAUAAUAGCUACUUGGCGUAUACUACCAAGCUUAACAGGAGCUGGGUAAUUUUUCAUAAAAAUGAAGAAAGGUACUUGAGAAGCGUUUUCCAGUGAAUAAAGCAAAGUUUAAGGAUAA